AUGACACAGGGUAAAGAAGAGGCCAUCAAGGUCAAGGAUGAAGGGAACCAGUACUUGAAAGAACACAAGUUUGAAGAAGCCAUCAAACUGUACACCAAAGCCAUUGAACUUGAUCCAACCAAUGCAGUAUUCUACUCUAAUAGAGCUCAAGUUCACAUCAAGAUGGAAAACUAUGGAUUAGCCAUCCAAGACUGCGAUUCAGCCCUUGCUGUCAACCCCAAUUUUCUUAAAGCUUACUACAGGAAAGGUGUUGCCCAAAUGGCCAUCUUGCAACAUAAAAAGGCUCAACAAAAUUUUCAAAUUAUAUUGAAGAGGUUACCUAAUGAUGCAUUGACUUUGGAGAAUUAUAAACAGUGUACUAAUUACUUAAAGAGACAAGCUUUUGAGAAGGCCAUUGCUGGUGAAGAUCAAGUAUCUAUUUUAAAUACUAUUGAUUAUGAAGGUGUUCAAGUGGAGAAAUCUUGGGAGGGUCCUGAAUUGAAGAUAACUGCCACCAAGGUCAAAGAUGAGAAUAAAAAGGAAAAUGUUGUGGUGAAUAUUGAAGGGUUGGAUCAGUCUUAUCUCAAGUAUAUGAUUAACUUGUUUAAAAAGGGUGGUAAGUUGCCUAAAAAGCAUGUGUUUGCCAUUAUUUCCAAAGUUCAUGAAAUUCUCAAACAAGAACAAACCAUGACUGAAGUCUCCAUUAAUCAUUCCAAAUUGAAAACUCCUGAAAACAAAGAUGAAAUUAUCGGAGGACUGAAGUUGACUGUUGUUGGUGAUACUCAUGGACAAUUUUAUGAUGUAUUGAACUUAUUCAAGAAAUUUGGCUACGUUUCAAAAGAUCACGUUUACUUAUUCAAUGGUGAUUUUGUUGAUCGUGGUUCAUGGUCAUGUGAAGUGGCAUUAUAUCUAUACGUAUUGAAGAUCCUUUACCCACAUUCAAUUUUCAUCAAUCGUGGUAAUCAUGAAACUAGCGAUAUGAACAAAACUUAUGGAUUCACCGAUGAAUGUGAAGCCAAAUACUCGAAAAAGAUUUUCGAUGCGUUUACCGAAUCAUUUGGUGCAUUACCUUUAGCAACUUUAAUUAAUCGAGAAUAUUUAUGUAUGCAUGGAGGUUUAUUCUCCAAUGAUAAAGUCACAUUACAAGAUAUAAAAUCAUUGAAUCGAUUCCCCAAAAAUGGAUCAACCCAACCACCAAAGGAAGGUUUGGCCAUGGAAUUAUUAUGGACUGACCCACAAGAAGAAAGUGGAAGAUCCCCGUCGAAACGUGGUAUUGGAAUGCAAUUUGGUCCCGACAUAACCGAAAGAUUUUGUCUUUCAAACAAGGUACGAAAAGUGUUGCGAUCACAUGAAGUAAGAAUGAGUGGUGUAGAAGAAGAACAAAAGGGGAGAUUGAUUACUGUGUUUAGUGCUCCUGAUUAUUGUGAUUCCACUGGUAAUUUAGGGGGUGUGGUACAUUUUACUGAAAAUGAGGCAUAUGAUCCAGAAAAGGAUGACGGUGAAGGAUACAGAAAAGUGGAUGAUGAUAAUUGUCCUUGGACUUUGACUAAGGAGACAUUUGAAGCUAGUCCGCAUCCUGAUAUCAAACCAAUGGCUUAUUCUAAAGGUGGGUUUGGGUUUUAA